AGCGGAUAAAGGGAAGUUUAUUAUCAGUAACUUCGGUUAGGUGUCUUCGUUUUACUUAAUUUUUCGCAAUGGCUAUUGGUGAUCUUAAAACUGAUAAGGGUAUUAAAGAUUUAAAUUCCUAUUUAGCAGAGCGUAGUUAUAUCGAAGGUACUAAAUUUUCGAAAAAUAUUCUUGAUCUUUUAAUGGAUUAAUUCAUCGCCAUUUGUAUGCAUAUUAAAAUAUAAAUGAACAUUAUAUUAUGACUUGGAAAGGAUACGAAUGUAAAAAACAGCAAGAAUGUCAAACAAAACUCAUAUUUUUAAGGUGGCAACCCACUCAAGCAGAUGUAGUAGUUCUCGAAGCUUUAGGAAAGACUCCAACAUCUUCGAAUCCUCAUGUAUUAAGAUGGUAUAAUCACAUCAAAUCAUACGAUUUAAAGACACUUCCAGGAGAAAAGAAAGCACCUGUUAUUUUAAGUGGCAAUAAUUCUACUAACGUGGUAGCAACCAAAAGCGAAGAAGAUGAUGAAGAUGUGGACCUCUUUGGGUCAGACGAGGAGGAAGAUGCUGAAGCUACACGACUUAGGGAAGAAAGAUUAAAGGCAUAUGAGGAGAAAAAAUCUAAGAAACCAGGACCAAUUGCAAAAUCCAGUGUUGUAUUAGAUGUUAAACCAUGGGAUGAUGAAACUGAUAUGGAAGGAAUGGAAAAAGUUGUGAGAUCUAUUCAAAUGGAUGGCUUAGUUUGGGGAGCAUCUAAAUUAGUUGCAGUGGGCUAUGGCAUUAAUAAAUUCAGGAUAAUGUGCGUCAUAGAAGAUGACAAGGUGUCAGUAGAUUGGCUGAUAGAACAAAUAGAAAGUUUCGAAGAGUUUGUUCAGUCUGUGGACAUUGAAUCGUUCAAUAAACUAUAAAUGAUUGUUUCUGACUAUUAUCUUUAAUGUAAACUUAAUAAAUAAUAAUCAUUGUUUGUAUA